CUUGGCCCUGGGUGUGAUUGGAAGAAAGAGCCCUUUCUUGGGGCCUCAGAAGCUGGAUAGAGCGUGGGAGGACCCUCCCAGAGCGGGCUGGCUGAAAACAUGAAUAUUUGUCCUGAGAUUGCUCUGCCUUUCCCCAUGUAGCUGAACUGUUUCUGCUUUCCCUGUGACUGAGAUCUUUGCCUUCUUUCCUCAAAAUUGAGAUCUCUCUGCCUUCCCUUAGAGCUGAGAUCACACUGCCUUCACUUGCCCUGAGAUCUGUGCCUUCUGGACACCAGCUCUGUGGAUGCAGGUCCCAGGUGUGUGUGCUGAAGACCAAGGCCUGGCCCAAGCAGGGAGCCAGGAGACAGAGGGAAUGGCCCCUGGGAGCUGCAGACCCCUACCCCAGGAGCUGGUGACAUUCCAGGAUGUGGCUGUGGACUUCACCCCAGAGGAGUGGGCCCUCUUAGACCAUCCUCAGAAGAAGUUGUACAAGGACGUCAUGCUGGAGAAUGCCCGGAACCUUCUCUCCCUGGGGCUUCCAGUUCCCAGAGAAUAUGGGAUUUCUUAUUUUGAGGAAAGGGAAAGACCAUUGAUGCUGGAGCAAGAAGGCCUGAGGAGCAGCUGUCCAGAAGGAGAGAUUAGAUCUGAAAUGAAAGAGACUACUGAAAAGCUAAGCAUUUCUGUGAAAGAGACUCACCAGGAAAGCUUCAUGAGUGAUGGUCCUUGUGACUUCACUGGGAGACAAAUGUGUGCUCUGUUGCACAGAUUCCACACAGGGGAGCAACCUUAUCAUGGUCAUCAUUGUGGGAAAGACUUGAGUCAACAGUCAUCCCUUAUUUACCAUCAAAAAAAUCAUGAUGGAGAGAAACCACCUGAGUCUCAGGAAUGUGGUGAAACUUUUAGUGAACACUCAUCUUACAGUAUUCAUAGUGACAGGAAACCUCAUGAAAGUAAGGAUUAUGGAAAAGUAUGCAGUUGCAGCUCCAGUGUUGCUGUACAUCAGAGCAUCCACACCAGAGAGAAACCUUGUGAAUGUGGUAAAUGCGGAAAGGCUUUCACACAGAGCUCCAGUCUUGCUCGACACCAGAGAAUCCACACUGGAGAAAAACCUUAUCAAUGUAACCAUUGUGGAAAGGCUUUCAGAGAGAACUCCAAACUUGCCGUACAUGAGAGAAUCCACACUGGAGAGAAACCUUAUGGAUGUAAUGAAUGUGGAAAGGCUUUCACACAGAGCUCCAGUCUGGCUGUACAUCAGAGAAUCCACACUGGGGAGAAACCUUAUAAAUGUGAUCAAUGUGGAAAGGCUUUCACCCAGAGCUUCCGACUUGCUUCACAUCAAAGUAUCCACACAGGAGAGAAACCGUAUGAAUGUAACAGAUGUGGAAAGGCUUUCAGACUAAACUCUCUGCUUAUUGUACAUCAGAAAAUCCACACUGGAGAGAAACUUUAUGAAUGUGAUCAAUGUGGAAAAGCUUUCACUCAGAGCUCCACUCUUGCUGCACAUGAGAGAAUCCACACUGGGGAGAAACCUUAUGAAUGUAAUCAAUGUGGAAAAGCUUUUAGACUGAAUUGUAAACUUACUAAACAUCAGAGAAUCCACACUGGAGAGAAACCCUAUGAAUGUAAUCAAUGUGGAAAGGCUUUUAGAGAGAGCUCCAAACUUGCUGUGCAUCAGAGAAUCCACACUGGGGAGAAACCUUAUGAAUGUAAUCAUUGUGGAAAGGCUUUUAGACGUACCUAUGAUCUUUCUGUACAUCAGAGAAUCCACACUGGGGAGAAACCUUAUGAAUGUAAUCAGUGUGGAAAGGCUUUCACACAGAGCUCCAGUCUUGCUGCACAUCAGAGUAUCCACACAGGAGAGAAAUCUUAUGAAUGUAAUCAGUGUGGAAAGGCUCUCUGUUCCAGCUCCAGUCUUGCUGCACAUCAGAGAAUCCACACCGGAGAGAAACCUUAUGAAUGUAAUCAGUGUGGACAGGCUUUCAGAAAGAACUCCAAACUUGCUCUACAUCAGAGAAUCCACACUGGGGAGAAACCAUAUGAAUGUAAUCAAUGUGGAAAGUCUUUCAGACGGAAGUACAAGCUUACUAAACAUCAGAGAAUCCACACUGGAGAGAAACCUUAUGAAUGUAGGCAAUGUGGAAAGGCUUUCAGAGAGAACUCUAAACUUGCUGCACAUCGGAGAAUCCACAGUGGAGAGAAACCCUAUGAAUGUAAUCAAUGUGGAAAGGCUUUCACACAGAGCUCCACUCUUGCUUCACAUCAAAGUAUCCACACUGGAGAGAAACCGUAUGAAUGUAACAGAUGUGGAAAGACUUUCAGAUUAAAUUCCUUACUUGCUACACAUCACAGAAUCCACACUGGAGAGAAACCUUAUGAAUGUAAUCAGUGUGGAAAGGCUUUCACACAGAGCUCCACUCUUGCUUCACAUCAAAGUAUCCACACUGGAGAGAAACCGUAUGAAUGUAACAGAUGUGGAAAGACUUUCAGAUUAAAUUCCUUACUUGCUACACAUCACAGAAUCCACACUAGGGAGAAACCUUAUGAAUGUAAUCAAUGCGGAAAGGCUUUCAGAUUAAGCUCCCAACUUGCUGCACAUCAGAGAACCCACACUGGUGCAUAGCCGGAGAUCAUCUCUUCCUUUGCAUCAAGGAAUCUACAUGGAGAGAAGAUGUGAAUGUGCUCAUUGAGGACCCACCUUUUCUCAGAAGAUGCACGUCACUAGACACCACAAUAUUCAUACUGGAAGGAAGUUUUGUAAAAGCAAUAAUUGUGGGAAGGUGUAAUCGAAAGGACUACAUACUGUGCAGAUUCAAUUUAGGUUCGGGUCUUAAGACAUAAUGAUACGUACUCAGGAUAAACUUAGCAAAUAAUCACAUUUAUUUUACAAUGGUUAAUAAUGAUUAAAAACCACACAAGCAAUAAAGGUAAGAAUAACAUUCAAUGCAAUAAGCAAUAAUCAAUAUAAAGAAAAGCAGGAAUAAGAGAAGAAAGGAUUCACACUCACUGACCAGGUAAGGUCAAAUACCUAACAGACUGGGGAGACUGGAGAACAGCCAAAAAAGUCUGGUCAGGGAGUGGCAUCCUGCUCCGACUCAACAGAAGCUGUGCACGUGGUCUGCUUCUGAACACACACAACAGAGAUUCAGCAUCCCUAUCUCUGACAUCAAAGUCUCUAAAAAUCCCUUUCCAAAUGACCCCUUUUAUAUCUAUGUAAACCAGGGAAAGACAAUCCUGAUAUUUUGUUUUAUAUAUGUAUCCUUGGUGAGCUCAUGUCCAGGCAUGCACAUGUCUUUAACAAAAGUUGGGGCUUGAUCAGAGCCCCAAAAUACCUGUUGGUUGUGUUAGUCUCCAAGGAGUGAUCAAUUUCUUGGACAGUUACACACCUUUCUCAAGAAAAAUAUUCCUUGAGAUAUAAUUGCUUUCCCAGGUAACAUAGCUUGUUGGUUAUUUAAUGUUUUGUCUCCAUGGUCACCUCUGGCCAUGCAUGGUAACUCCCAUCUUUAUGUUGGGUCAUGAGGCAGUUACAUUGUUACGUCAUGAGAUAGUUACACAGGGGCUGGGGAAGAUCUAUCCUCAGUUUCCUUUACAUUCGGCCUGUAGAUCCGACCCAAACCCUGGUCAGAAACCAUACACGUAAAAAACCUUAACUUUAAUACAAACAGUAAACAUCACACAUCAUCCCCUAAGAAGAGAUGAGGCCAAGAAAACUUGUUACCCUGACAGUGAAGAAAAUUCACAUAUCCAUAACAGGGGAAUCCAUGAGCUCAUUUACAGAUAGAUAAUAAAUGUAGUCAUGCAGAAAUAAAAGAAACCAAACAUUGUAAAAUACAAGGUCCAAAAAUCAAUAAUAAAGAUAUUACUAAUAAUAUAAGUAGCAAAAAUGUCAUUAGUUUUGGUAAUAUGAGUCUAUACCAUUUCAUGAUCAAUAUAUCCUACCCAGGGGAUUAAAAAAGUAGUAGUUUUUUGUAUCAACCAUAAAAAAUUAUCCCAAGAACUUCUUCUAUUAUGGAUUACAGAAUUAGUAUAAUUGUAUGAUUGCAUUCCAGGAUUUAUUACUUCUAGUGUACAUAGACCAUAGUUUUUGUAUGGACUUAAACAUUGGAAAGCAUUUAAUGUAGGAAUCGUGUCCCAAUAAGUCAAAUUUGGUAAAGCUUCAUACACUAUUAAAGGAAUAUCAGAUCUUCCACACACAAAUAUAUAUCCAUCUGGGGCACAUACGGUAUUAAGAAUGGUAAUAAUAAAUGUUCUACUGCCUGUCCCCAUAAUGAAAUAUUACAAGAGGGGCUUACUAUCAAUACAGUAGAAUUUAGGAAACCAAUAACUACAAUUAGUUGGCACAUACAUGAAAACAUUUGUCCUUUUAAAAAAAAAGUGUUGGAGCCUGGGUACAAUUAUCACACAUUAUAUGAGUAAAAUUGGGGGAAGUAAAAGUGGAUAUAUUGCCAUUUACACAAAUAUAUGUAAGGGGCCUACUUGAGCUUUUCCUUCCAUAGUGAUUAAUAUACUUCCAAAAUGUUGACUUUCAUUAUAAGUUUGAUUAUAAAAUCUCUGUCCAGUAUUAAAACAAGGUACAUUUUCAAAAGUCUCUCAUUCAGGUUGCGCUUGAAAUAAGGGUGUUGCAUAUCAGGUAGAAGGAUAUGGUUGAGGCAUUUCAGGCUGAUCCUUUACAUUGUGGAGGUCCGUCUCAUGUUUGAGGAUGAAUUUGGCAGACCCAGAAGUCCCGUGGUCCA